GGUCCCUGAAGUCCUGAAGUGGGAAUAGGCUACCUAUAAUAGAUUAGCUGGAGCCUGGACCUGGGCCGCUGGAGAGCGGGCGGCAGGUGGGUGAUGGUGGGCUUCUAAGUUCUGGCAGGAGCAACAAAGGAAGCGAGCAAUCUUGCAGUUUCACCAUCCCCAAGCUCUUCCAUCCCACGUUAUUAACUACACCAACACUUGUGAUAGUCACGUUUUCGUUUCCGCGACCAACCCAUAUCGAGCAAUCAUCAAGACCAUAGCGACGCAGACAGUAAUAAGACUCUCAAUUACUACUCUCUGAACAUAUCACCCGCCAGCGCAACCAUGGCGCAAGGAAUCCCACCCACAACGAUCACCAUACCCCCGCCACGGUCCAACCCAGAUACCCCUUCUGAGAUGCCCGGCACGCCCACCAGCACGACCACAUCCCUUAGCGCCCUCUCCACAACCGCCAUCAAGGACGGCCAGCGCGGCCACUUCCCCCAAGGCCCCGGCUUCGAGCGCGGCGGCCACCAGCACAACCCAUCGACCACCAGUCUCGAAGCAGAGCGCGCCGACCGCAUCUCCCGUCUCGCGGGCCUCGAGCGCGUCUCGACCCUGCGCGCACCACCCAGCAGCGCCGGGGGCGGCGCGCCCUCGCCCUCGCCCUCCCAGACGACCCCGACAUCGACCGGCUUCCCGGCCAACUACGCGCCGCAGCACCCGGUGACGCCGUCGUACUUUGACAGCAAUGGCCAACCCGUGGCCGUGACGAAGAUGAGCACAGUGGGCACGGCCAGUGCGACGGAGAGUCACGCCACCGAGAGCCACGCGGGGGACGACGCGCGAACGACGGCGGCGGAACGAGACGAGGACAUGCUCAGCACAGGCACAGGGUAUAGGGGCGCUGGCUCGGUGACAAGCGCAGGGGGAGACCACUACGCCAUGGACGAGGACAUGCCACCGCAGAAUGACGACGACCGGAUGAGCGACGACGAUGGAUCCGCCUCAUUAGUCGGCUUCGGCGAGGGUGCGGGCAGCACCGUCUCCGGGCCCAUCUACCAUCGACGACCGGCGCCUGGCACGGCCGCGCAUCAGGCUUGGGUUCUGGAGCGGACGAAUUCAGGACUGAGCGACGCGCGGCGGGAACGCGACUUUGCCGUGACCGGGGACGGGAGUACCUCGGCCGCCCUGCAAGAGCGUCGCGACGCGAGGCUGAUGGACGGCAUCGCGGCAGAUCAGCAUCCCCAGGCCGGUAGCAACGACGGGUACAUUGACACCACCGUGCGUGGACCCGUCAGGGAGGCAGAGCACAUUGUGCAGCAGCGGUUGGAUCACGGCGAGUCGAGCGCAGGGCCUAACGCGAUGAGCAGCGCCGGCGCGCCGGGACAACCGCUGGGCAAGUUCUACUUCGAGGGGCAGCAACGGAAAGAGUAGGUAAGGGUUUGCAGCAAUGCUUGAUACUGCUGGCCGGUAUGUAGGUUGCGAAACGGAGUUGCUGGGUUGAUUUGGGCUUGAGUUGCAAAAUGUAAGGUAGUCAGCCGUGGACGAACGAGUAUUGUCGAUACGAGAAGCCAUGACGGGACGAUGCGUGGCCCCUUUUUUCAUUUUGACGAAGCAAUGUGUUUAAUAUCAUCCAAAAAAACGGAUGCAUUGACAGACAUGGCGUCGUGGCCAAGUA